AUGGCAGGCACGGUGGCAGCAGGCGGGCGGCGUCCACAGCGGGUGAGCAUGCAGGAGCACAUGGCCAUCGACGUGAGCCCGGGCCCCAUCCGGCCCAUCCACCUCAUCUCCGACUACUUCCCGCACUUUUACCCCUUUGCGGAGCCCGGUCUGUGCACCCGGGACCUGCACCCCGCGGUGGCCCCCACCAUCCCCUCGGCACCCCAGCCACAGUCUGACUGCCAGCCAGAGGGAGACUCAGAUGACAGCACUGCCCUAGGCACCCUCGAGUUCACGCUGCUUUUCGAUGCGGACAAUAGUGCCCUGCACUGCACGGCUCAUUGUGCCAAGGGCCUCAAGUCCCCUGCCUCAGGCUCCAUGGACACCUAUGUCAAAGCCAAUCUGCUGCCAGGGGCCAGCAAGGCCAGCCAGCUCCGGACACGCACAGUUCGUGGCACAAGAGGACCUAUCUGGGAGGAGACACUCACCUAUCAUGGCUUCACCCGCCAAGAUGCUGGGCACAAGACCCUGCGGUUGUGUGUGUGUGAGGACCCACGGCUGCGGCGACGGCGGCGGGCGUCUCCCCUGGGGGAGCUCCGGGUGCCCCUGAGAAAGCUGGUGCCCAACCGAGCCAGGAGCUUCGACAUCUGUCUGGAGAAGCGGAGGCUGACUAAGAGGCCCAAGAGCCUGGACACAACCCGCGGCAUGUCCCUCUAUGAGGAGGAGGUGGAGGCAGAGGUGGCCGGGGAGGAACGUGGGCGCAUCCUGCUGUCACUGUGUUACAGCUCCCAGCAGGGUGGCCUGCUGGUGGGUGUGCUGCGCUGCGCCCACCUGGCCCCCAUGGAUGCCAAUGGCUAUUCGGACCCCUUCGUCCGCCUUUUCCUGCAUCCAAACUCGGGGAAGAAAUCUAAAUAUAAAACCAGUGUUCGAAAGAAGACCCUGAAUCCCGAGUUCAACGAGGAAUUCUUCUACGCAGGCCCGCGGGAGGAUCUGGCCCAGAAGACGCUGCUGGUGUCCGUGUGGGACUACGACCUGGGCACGGCCAAUGACUUCAUCGGCGGGGUGCAGCUGAACAGCUGUGCCAGUGGGGAGCGCCUGCGGCACUGGCGUGAGUGCUUGGGCCACAGCGACCGUCAGCUGGAGCUGUGGCACCCACUGGAUGGCACACCCCCCCAGCUCAGCGACUAG